AUGCAGACGGUUCCAAGCCUCGUUGGAUCCGGUGCUGCGCUUGCUGCAGCUGCCUUGGGCCUGGCAUUUGCUGAGCCAGAGCCCCAACCAAGUCCUCCUCCGACCUCGACCUUCAACAGAAAACGGGCGUACACCAACUACGAUGGCGCUUCCUACAACCCUCGCCUGAGCAGCGCACCUGCUUCCUCUCGCCCAGGGACCAGCUCUGCAAGCCUGAACCCUCCCGCCGAGGUGUUUCACCCCAGCUCUCUCCCUGAUGCUUCCUUCUCACCCACGACUGCAAACACCCCCCGCCCUCAGCGUCCCACGAGCAGCACCCAACUUACGCCGCCCAAAGUCAGUAGCCGGAGGCAAUCGUUCGUUCGCCAGGCCGACGGCACCGUGGCCCCCACGGCCGAGGACUCGCGUGACUCGGUAUCAUCCAAUGGCUCCUGGAUGAGACGCCUGUCGUUGCGACCGCUUUCACAACACGGUAGUCUUCGGUCCAGCGCUGGCCCUGAAACGCACUCCAUUGCCUUCUCCCAUGGAUCCUCGGCCCCAAUUCUGUCGCCAUCAGGCACAUAUCAGACCCCCCUGCCUCCAAACAACUCGACUACGACUCGACCGAGGGCUUGGGAGGCCCAGCAAUAUUCACUCGAUCGUUACAUGCCAGCGCAAGAUGUUUUGUCUCUGUCGCCGGUCGAGCCCUACCACCCUCCCAGAACUGCUGAACCCUCGCGCUGGACCUCACUGUUUCAUUCGCGAACCAUUAACGUGCCUGUCAGUAGGACGCCGGACCGUUUACUCGAACGCGGAGGGGCGCCUCUGUCGAAACGACUACGUGUCUUUGUUGAGGAUAAGAAAUAUAUCUAUCUCGUCCGAGCUAGCGUGGUCAGCACUACGUCUGGCGCAGGGGACGCAUUGUACUCUGUCGAUGAGUCUUCAUCGCCCAAUCAGGAAAUCCAGGAUACGGGAAGCUCUGGUGGGACUCCUGACGACACACCAACAAAACGCGCAAGACGUUCGUUGUCGACGCAUUUCUCGUCCCCGACCAAUCUCUUCUCGAGAACGGGAAGCUUGCGGCGAUCGAAACGUGGAGCGGAGCCGAGAGAUGGGACUAGGCGUCAUGUCUCUGCACCGAUUUCUUCCUUGCAGAAAGCAAAUCAGGACAGCCUCGCUAGCCCUGCAAGUCUUGCAGGAGACGCAUUGACACUGCAUAAUCGGCAACAACGCACUAAUCCUGAGCAAUCCACAUCCGCCUUGCACAUGGCGCGCCAGCGAAAUUCAUCCUCCCCGCUUCCCCCAUUGUCUCGCCUCUCGAGUUUCAACGUCGACCUCACAAGGCUAGGGUCGUCAGCGACUGUGCCACAGCCCCGGUCAAAUCAGCCAUCCGGCAGCUCACAGAGCUCGGCAGCCAUGGCCUCUUACAGGAAUGCGAGGCACGAACGAAGCUCCACGCUGAACAGCUCUGACUACGAGGUGCGGGGCUUUAAUUCCGGCGAUGAUGAAGACACAGAUUUUAGGAGCGACACCAUGUUUGACUCGAUACGAACGUUGGCAUCGGUACGCAACCGAGCCGUCGAGAGCCCACUCGAGUCCAUGUUCGACGAGUCGCCCCCCAGCACCGCAGGCAAUGGGAAGACGAAGCGGCUGUCCAUCCAAGAGAUACUCGGGCGUGGCUGGGAUGCUGACGAGAUGAUUAUGGAAGAGGACGAAAACAUGUCAACGCCCGUCCGGGCUAGCCACGACCGCAAGAACCUCGCAGGCAUCGCAUCCGCGCCGACCGGAUACAGCUACGAGCGCCCCUCGAACGACUACUCUCUGUCCAACAAAGAGCUAGCACGACUCUCUCUAGAAGACGAUUUUGAAGACGAUUGGGCCAGGGACGACGACGAAAUGGGGUUCGGCAACCAAUUAUCACCACCCAGCUCGAUGAACUCGAGAGGUGUCAGCCCUAACCUGCGACUAGCAUUAGCCAGUAUCAGCGGCAAAGACGUCGCAGAUGUGGCGCAAGACUUGCGCGGCGAGAGGCCUCGCAGCAACCUCUUUGACUGGACGGAGACGAACCCGGGCGAGCAUGGUGCAGAGGGCCAGCUCCGCCCCAAGACAGUUCACGGCCGCCAAGAGAUGGACAUGAGAGGUGGUCGUCCUUCCAACCGCAAGGGACCUGUCGUUGCGCACGUCAGGAGCCAAAGUGUCCCCGUUGCAUACGAUCCAACGGACAAUGCCAAAGCUGCGACGCAGAAAUUCGGCACAUGGGGACUCGGCACCAAGGGUGCCAGCGAAGAUUGGGACGACGAUUUCGAGUUUGGCGGCAGUGAUGAGGGCGGAGGUUUCCACUCUAUUGGGGAUCUAUCCAUGAUGGUCCCAGCGUCGAUUCAAGCAUCGCAACCCAGCCUGAAGCAACACUCUGGUCAAAUUAGGGAACUUUCCCUCCUCGUCAAUGAUCUCAAGCGCCUCUGUCGACAUGGCCGUGAUCUCGAUCUACUCGACGGCACCCAUGCGGCGCUGUGGCACGAGGCAGAAGGCAUAAUUUCCCUGGCCUCACCCGACGAGGAUGAGUUGGAAGGCAUGGACGUUGAUUCUUCGGAUCUGGAUUUCGAGCCUUACAGCGUCAACGAGCGUUUGGCAGACAGCAACGAUAUGGACACGGAGACUGCAAAGAAGCCAGAGGAUUCCUUCGAGGCACACGACCUCCACCUAGCCAAGACGACUGUCAUCCGGGAACGCCCUGCAGGACGAAGGCGAUCGGUCUUCAGCCCUGACGAUGACAUAUUCGGAGGCAAUGGAUCAAUUACUGAUGCCAGCGCCGCAUCCUCCCGACCGAAGACGCCUGAGAACAACAUAAACAUGGGGGGCCACGACGUUACCGACAUUGUCAAGUCGGUGCUGGACGCCAUGCAGCAACGGUCUACGUCGGACUCGUCUCACAACUCCGCGAGGGCUUCGGAAGACAAGGUUCACUUUGGCACAAACAAUCUGAAGGCAUUGGUCAAGCGGGCAGGAGAUUUGCGAGACUUGCUCUCCGAGGCUGUCCGCCGUGUUGACCAGAUCACCUCCAGUCCCAUGAGGACCCCUCGUCGUCAUGAGCGCGAAAGCCCUGCCUUUACCCGUGUCUUUACACCUGAACCACCAUCAUCCAGUCCGCCCAAGCGUCUACCCCAUAGCCAAAGUACGAAUUCGGUACUGAGCCGCGGCUCUCACGAGGCCUCGCCAUCGACUGGUCUCAACCAACGAAUGCAGAUGAUGACUGUCAGUUGA